AUGGACUAAUAAAAAAGCGAAUAAGAAGAUACUGUCCUUUUUAGACAAUUUUAAGAAUAUCUAGAGAACUAAAAUGAACUUUAGAUAUAUCAUAAUACUCACGCUGAUAGAUUUUAUAAAGCGAUGCCUUGCACUAUAAAGCCAAGAAAAAUAAAGAAUAAUCCAAUCAUAAUGGCACAAAUGCUUGUAAGAAAUAGUCAAUCAAUUAGUCCAAAAAAAUAGUGUAUUAAGAAAAAAUUCAGAUCCCUUAAAUUAAUUGUUAGGAAAACUCCUACAAGAAAUGACGAAAGAUAACAAUAAUUGAGAUCUUUAUUGGUUUCAAGAAGAGAAAAAUAAAGAUGCCAUAGCAUUAAUUCAGAGGUUUUUAAAGAGGUUAAUUUAUAAUUGAAUCAUAAUAUUUUGGAUUAACCAAAAAAAUUAAGGACACCCAGAAGUACGAGGGCGGAGCUCUAUUUUAGUAAUCAAUUAAGAGACAGUCUAAGAACUCCAAGAUGUGGAAUAACAAUUCCUCAAUAUUUAGCUGGUAAGAUUAAAUCAAUAAAAUGA